GGAGCAAGGGGUAGGACCUGGCGCUAGGACAUUCGUGUUGGGGGUAGGUGGUUGGAGCCAGGCCCCGCUUUUGAGUUGUCUUAACGCAGGAACCAAAGACUGUGGACAGGGCCAGGAACCGUUAGGGAGAUAAGAAAGGUGCUACAGCUCACAUUCACAGUCUACGGCCACAAGGCCACGGGAACAGGCUGUCUCCUCACAGCAUCAGCUUUCCCUUCGGCUUCAUUUCCCUCUGGAGAGCGCUUACUCACCGACGCUACGGAAACCGAAGGGGCAGCCUCUGCCCUGCUACCCUCCAAGGAGCCACCACCCUAGAGCCCACGCUCUUCUGGACAUCAUGUCAUCUGGGGGACGACUUGCCUUUCUUCUGAAACACGGCUACAGACUGAAUUAAAAAUACAGGCCCCAUCAAUAACAACGCAGCCGUAGGAUUCCGCUCUCUCUCAGCCUCCCCGCCGCAGGAGAAGAUGCACUUCCUCCCUGACAAAAGCGGCCGGAAGGGGUGGGCUUUCCACCUGGACCAGGCGCUUCCGCCACCAUGGCUUUACGGGAGGUUGUUGGCAUUUUCUUUCUCUCUGCUGUCCCCCUUGUGUGUCUGGAGCUCCGGCGUGGGAUCCCGGAUAUAGGAAUCAAGGAUUUUCUUUUGCUUUGUGGCCGGAUUUUUUUACUGCUUGCUCUUCUUACUUUAAUUAUUUCUGUGACUACCUCAUGGCUUAACUCAUUUAAAUCUUCCCAACUUCAUGUGAAGGAAGAGGAAGAGAAGAAUGAGAAAAGACAAAAACUUGUGAGAAAAAAACAACAAGAGGCACAAGGAGAGAAGGUCAGCAGAUACAUAGAGAACGUUUUAAAACCUCACCAGGAAAUGAAGUUGAGAAAACUGGAGGAGCGCUUUUAUCAGAUGACUGGUGAAGCCUGGAAAUUAAGCCGUGGUCACAAACUUGGGGGUGAUGAAAGUACAAGUCAGACAUCUUUUGAAACAUCAAACAGAGAAACAGCAAAGAGCCAGAACUUGCCUAAACCUUUCACUGAAUUCUCAUUGCCUGCUGAACAGCCCACACAGAAGGAGACUCCUGAUUUACCUGAAGAACCUUCUGGAACAGUGGAAGAAGUGGUUACGGUUGCUCUCCGAUGUCCCAGUGGGAGUGUCCCAAGGAGAAGGUUUUUGAAGUCCUGCAGCUCACAGGUCUUAUUUGACUGGAUGAUGAGAAUUGGGUACCACACAUCUUUAUACAGCCUUUCUACUUCCUUUCCCAGACAGCCUCUCGCAGUGGAGGGAGGCCGGUCGCUGGAGGACAUUGGAAUAACCGUGGACACUGUACUCAUCCUGGAAGAGAAGGAGCAGAGCAACUAGGGAAUAAGAGAGAGCUCCCUGUUCUGCACAAAGUCAGCUGUGCCAUGACCUUCUGACACAGUAAAGGCUUCACGUUGAAAAUCACACUAUACCUCGAUUGAGCUCAUGGCAGUAAACACUUGAAGGCUACUCUCUCUGGGAAUGGGAUUGGAAAAGGAUUGCUUUCUCCAUAUAAUAAUCUGUGGACUGUGCCAUUUUACAAUGUCCCAAAUGAGAACGAGGUAAAAACGUAUACAGUUAGGUACUCAGUAAUUAAUAUUUUCCCAGCUGACAUUUCUCAGUGUGUUAGAAAACAAAGCUGUAGAACUUUGCUUUCUGCCUCUUCAAUCCAUCUUUCCACACAAUGAAUAUUUCAUGAUUUAGUCAAAUCCUUCAGAGUCUUAGCAGGAAUGUUUAUUCUGCUGUAUUUCUGUGAAAUUACUAACUUGAAAGAAGUUUCAAAGCUCUUGAAGGCUUUAAAGUUCUUUCUGAUGGGUAUGCAUUGCAGUUGACUUAACUCAUGUUUGCAAUUUAUAUAAUUUUUUUCUUGUAUUAAUUGUAACAUUUACAAAGUUCCAAGUGAAUCAGUAUUUUUAAAAAUAAAAAUAUGAAAGCAUUAAA